AUGUACAAAAUCUCAUUUGGCCAAAUAUUCAUUGCCACCUCUUUGGCUGGCAUAUCAUAUGUCGUUCACUUAGAAAGCCGCCAGAGCGUGGCUUCGCCUCUGUAUCGACUGCAACCAGACCAAAGCGUUGCGAAAUUAUCUUUGUCAUACAGCUUACCGGAUCCUGCGCACCAUGCUUGGGAGGUACGAUUAUCUGGCGUGUCGGACAAGAGAUCUACGUUCACAUAUGGUCCUGGCGUUGGUGGUGGCCCUUUUUCCCCUUCCGGUACCUUGGGAGAUGCAAUGGUCAAGAGGGAUGCCGCAAUUUACCAUCAGGAAGGAGCUGAUCAGCUCAAAAUCACUACUGCCGACAAUGUGUCUGCUGUGACAGACACAAGCCGAUACAAUGACUUGAAGACUUUGGACGACUAUGUGAGCUUGUAUGACGAUGAAUGGGUCGAGAGUACAGCUCCUACUGGUAUCCUUCCUGGGCUGCUUACAAACUACACACAAGACCUGCUGUUCUCCAUGGAGCGGCUGUCGUUCCAGCCUUUUGCUGUUCGCCGACUUGAGCCUCAAGAAUCGCUCCCCUUCAACCUGGAGGACGAAAUAUCACGCGCGAUCUCUGGCCAAUCUCUCACACAGCUACACGAGUCUGCCCGGCUCUUCUACGUAGACCAUCGCGCACAGGCAGAUCUGUCACCUAUCGAUGGGAGAUACUCAGCUCCAUGCGACGCCUACUUCUACAUUUCGGAAGCCUCUGGGGACUUUUUGCCCCUAGCGAUACGCACAAAUACGGAACACAGUCUGAUCUACACACGGGAAGACUCGUCAGAAGACUGGCUGCUCGCGAAAAUGAUGUUCAACACUGCCGACUUCUUCAUGUCACAGUUCCAUCAUCUCGCGAACACACACUAUGUGACUGAAAUUGCAUACCAGGCAGCGAUCAGAACCUUGAGUGAAAAUCAUCCAGUCAUGGCCCUCUUGUCUCGACUUAUGUAUGGAACUCUUGGUAUUCGCGGUUCUGCGGCACUAACAUUGUUUGCGCCGGGAGCUGCAGUUGACCAAUUCUUUGCCUACACGGGUGCUUCGGCCGGCCAGUACUCAAACGAAUUCUACAGCAAUGGAUACGCAGGAGCUUUUCAGUCAAACUAUUUCACCAAGAAUCUUCAAAAGAGAGGUCUCCUUGACAGCGACGGACCUGCGUUGAAGCACUUUCCAUUCUACGAAGAUGCUUUGCCUAUCUACAAUGCCACUCGGACCUUCAUGGCAGCUUUUGUGGACUCAUACUAUGCAGAUUCUGCCGCGAUUGCCGAAGACAACGAGCUUCAAGCAUGGCUUGCGGAAGCUUCAGGUCCAGCUCAGGCAAUCGACUUCCCUACCAGAGAGACUCUCAGGACGCCAUCUGACCUUGCUGACGUCCUGACACACAUGGCUCAUCUGUCGACAUCAGCGCACCAUUCCGUCAACCUAAAUUCGCUCAUCACCACGGCCGGAACCUUGCCUUUCCACCCCACUGCUUUUUACAAGCCAAUUCCCGCCGCGAAGGGCGUGACUGAUGUGGCUUCAUACCUUCCACCACUUGAAAAGUGCCUUGGUCUCAUCGCCGUGGAAGCGAAUUUUGCUCGACCACUGCUUGUUGGCACGGACAGAACAUUGGUGCACAUGUUCAAUGACGAAUCGAUGCUGUCGCGAAUGAAUAAGGCUACAAGAGACGCAAACUCCGAAUUUAUGAAGACAAUGAGGGCACGCAGUGAGGUGGUCAGAAGCAGGGCAUUUGAUGAAGAAGGUUACAGCCAAGGUAUGCCAUUCUUAUGGAAAGCUUUGGAUCCGGAAACGAUUCCUUGGAGUCUGUCGAUCUAA